GCCGCCUAGAAGUGACUUCUCCAAAAAGUGUCUUAGUUCUCGGUCACCUGAGCUCGGGGCGACUCGGUUGCGUCGCGGGUCGGACCGGGCCAAGCCGGGCAGCCCAGGCGCGGUCCCUGACCAUGGCGUCUCUCUUCAAGAAGAAAACCGUGGAUGAUGUAAUAAAGGAACAGAAUCGAGAAUUACGAGGUACACAGAGAGCUAUAAUCAGAGACCGAGCCGCUUUAGAGAAACAAGAAAAACAGCUGGAAUUAGAAAUUAAGAAAAUGGCUAAGAUUGGGAAUAAAGAAGCUUGCAGAGUUUUAGCCAAACAGCUUGUACAUCUACGGAAACAGAAAACAAGAACUUUUGCUGUAAGUUCAAAAGUCACUUCUAUGUCGACACAAACAAAAGUGAUGAAUUCCCAGAUGAAGAUGGCAGGAGCAAUGUCUACUACAGCAAAAACAAUGCAAGCAGUUAACAAGAAGAUGGAUCCACAAAAGACAUUACAAACAAUGCAGAAUUUCCAGAAGGAAAACAUGAAAAUGGAAAUGACUGAAGAAAUGAUCAAUGACACACUUGAUGAUAUCUUUGAUGGCUCUGAUGAUGAAGAAGAAAGCCAAGAUAUUGUGAAUCAAGUUCUUGAUGAAAUCGGAAUUGAAAUCUCUGGAAAGAUGGCCAAAGCUCCAUCAGCUGCCCGAAGCUUACCAUCUGCCUCUACUUCAAAGGCUACAAUCUCCGAUGAAGAGAUUGAACGGCAACUCAAGGCUUUAGGAGUAGAUUAGUCAGAAAAACCAUAAUAUUUUGCUUACUUAUAAUUAUUUAGUAUAAACCAGGCACAGUGCAGAUUCCUUUUACA